AUGAGUGAUCCCUGUGCUCAGUUUGUCGAGUACGCCGAGGCGCACCAGGCCAAGUGGAUAGCGAACCUUGCCGAGGCCGUUGAGAUCCCGAGUGUGUCGGGCGAUGCGUCGUUCCGUGCCGAGGUGUACAAGAUGGGCGCGUGGCUGAAGAACAAGCUCGCCGAGGUCGGAUGCGACGUGUCGUCGCACGAUCUGGGCAUGCAGACGCUCGAUGGGCAGGAGGUGCAGCUGCCGCCCGUGAUUGUGGGCGAGUAUGGUCGUGAUCCGUCGAAGAAGACGGUGCUUGUGUAUGGCCACUAUGACGUGCAGCCGGCGCUCAAGUCGGACGGCUGGGGCACGGAGCCGUUUGAGCUGGUGCACGAUACGCCCACGGAUCGCCUGAUCGGCCGCGGCUCGACGGACGACAAGGGCCCGAUUAUGGGGUGGAUCAAUGUGCUGGAGGCGCACAAGGCGCUGGGCCUCGAUGUGCCGGUGAACCUCAAGUUCUGCUUCGAGGGGAUGGAGGAGAGCGGCUCGGUCGGCCUGGACGAGUUUGUCGUGGAGCACAAGGACAAGCUGUUCCAGCACAUCGAUGCCGUGUGCAUCUCGGACAACUACUGGCUCGGCACGAAGAAGCCCUGCGUGACGCAUGGUUUGCGCGGCGUCGCCUACUAUAAGCUGACGAUCAGCGGUCCCGCGCAUGAUCUGCACAGCGGUGUGUUUGGAGGCAUGAUGCACGAGCCGAUGACGGACUUGGUCCAGAUCAUGUCGACGCUCGUGUCGCCGCAGGCCAAGAUCCUGAUCCCAGGCCUGUACGACCAGGUCGCGCCUCUUACGGACGAGGAGCGCCAGGUGUAUGAGGACAUGGAGUUUGAGGUGGCCGAUGUCGAUCAGUGCACGGGCAGCUCGACGACGGUGAGUGACAGCAAGACGGAUGUGCUCAUGGGCCGCAUGCGCUACCCGAGCCUGAGUCUCCACGGCAUCGAGGGCGCGUUUGCCGAGCCGGGCUCCAAGACGGUGAUCCCGCACAAGGUGACAGGCAAGUUUUCGAUCCGUCUCGUGCCGGACAUGGACCCGGCGAAGGUGACCGACGCCGUGCAGAAGCAUAUCGAGGCCGAGUUUGCCAAGUUGAAGACGAAAAACACGAUGCAUCUCGAGGAGGAUCACCCCGGCAAGCCGUGGGUGGCCGACACGAAGCACUGGAACUACGAGGCUGCGAUCGCGGCGACCGAGGCCGUGUACGGCGUGCGCCCGGAUCUGACGCGCGAGGGCGGCUCGAUUCCCAUCACGCUCACGUUUGCCGAUGCGCUCAACGCCAACGUGCUUCUGCUUCCGAUGGGCCGCUCCGACGACGGCGCACACUCGACGAACGAGAAGCUGGAUCUGUCGAACUACAUCAAGGGCACGCAGCUGCUGGGCACGUAUUUGUACAAGGUCGCCUCGGCCGCGGCGUCGUAA